GCUUGGGCAGUCAAAAACAACUACUCCAGCACAUUUCAUUUUCCUGCUGGGCCAGGCAAAGAAUACAGCUAAAAUGUCAAGGGCACCUCAAAGUGUUUCAGCACUGACUUGACCUAAUUAAGAGGUGAGUGCAGUAAGGAAAGCUCAGCUUUUAUAGACACUGCCCUCUGUUAUCCAGUGGAGCUGAUCAACGGCUAGAGUGGACUCUGACCUACCCAGAAGCCCCAUGUGAUUCUCAUCAGUGUGUGCAUGUAACAACAGCCAAAGGAGGUCUGUCGCUAGACCUCUAUAUAAGAUGACAGCAAGUCGUAUUCAACGCCUCCAGGGACUGAAGAAACUUGUAUGACACACAACAGAGGUUGAACCAUUUAGAGGAGGCAGCCUCUUCUUCUUCAAACUUUCCUCACACUGAUCCGGCUGCACCAUGGCUCUGCUCGUCCACAUACUGGCCUGUGCCUUCGGCCUGGGCUCUUGGGUGGCGGUGAACGGUCUGUGGGUGGAACUGCCACUCAUCGUCAACACUCUCCCAGAGGGCUGGGAGCUCCCCUCCUAUCUGACGGUCAUCAUCCAGCUGGCCAACCUGGGACCUCUGCUGGUCACCAUCAUGCACAAACUGUUCCCGGGUCGUCUCAAAGAAAACGUUGUCAUUUUCUCCAUCCUCUCCAUCGGCAUCCUCUCCUGCAUCCUGCUCGUCUUCUUCUGGGACAGGACUACGGUAGUGGCCGGGGCGUCACGUAGCACCGCCUUCUUCAUCCUCACCUUCUUCCUCUCUCUGGUGGACUGCACCUCCUCAGUUACCUUCCUGCCUUUCAUGAUGCAGCUUCCAGCAAAAUACAUCACCACAUUCUUUAUUGGAGAGGGGCUGAGUGGUUUCCUUCCUGGGGUAGUCGCUCUGGGACAAAGUGUAGGCAUCGCCAAAUGUGUCAACUCGUCUCAGACUGCAGGAAACCUCACAGGCUGGUCAUCGCAUACAGAAUAUCUUCCUCCCAACUUUUCCAUAGAGGUGUUUCUCGUCCUCCUAGCUGUCAUGAUGUGCUUUAGCCUGGCUGCUUUUGUUGCGCUGAACAGGCUUCCUCGGACAUUCGAGCUGUCCACCGAAAACCUGGUGCCAGACACCGCGGCAUCUGUCGGCUCCGGCCUGGAGAACCCCGGAGCAGACACUGAUGGAGAGGCUGUAAAAAGACAGGAUGAGGGGGCAGCCCAGAGCACGCUUCUGCUGGCAGGCCCAAAACACUCUGUGUACGAGCUGACCUUCAUCUACUUUAUGGUGGUGUGGGUUAAUUGUGCAGCCAACGGGCUGCUGCCCUCGGUGCAGACGUUCUCCUGUAAGCCCUACGGGAACCUGGCCUAUCACCUCUCUGCUUCUCUGGCAUCAGUGGCUAACCCAGUGGCUUGCACCAUUGCAAUGUUCUUCCAAAACAGAUCACUGGUGUGUCUCGGCAUGCUGACGGUGCUCGGGACAGGAUUUGGCAGCUAUAACAUGGCCAUGGCAGCUAUGAGUCCGUGUCCUUUGCUUCAAGGGACUGUGUGGGGAGAGAUAAUCAUUGUGCUCUCAUGGCUCCUCUUCACUGGAACGCUGUCUUAUGUCAAAGUAAUGGUGGGUGUCAUCCUGAGGGACCGGAGCCACAGCGCCCUGGUGUGGUGCGGCGCCGCGGUACAGAUCGGCUCACUAGUCGGCUCGGUCACCAUGUUCCCGCUGGUUAACGUCUACGGGCUGUUUAAGUCAGGAGACUUCUGCAACACCAAAUGUCCUUUGUGACAGUAAAUCUGAGAACGGCAGUACUGAGGAGGCUGGAGAUGCUCUCAGUUAAAGGAACAGUUUGUGCUGAUUCAAUUUCUGGCAGAGAGUUCGAUGAAAAGAUCAAAACCACUCUCGUAUCUGUAUGUUAAGUACGCCGCUAGAGGUGGGAGUCACUUAGCUUAGCUUAUUACACGGCUUUGUUGAAUACUCGAUUCUGAUUGGUCAAUUACAGCGUGAACUCGGACUGUGGCGGACCAUUUUUGUGUCAAUUUAUUGAUUUUUUUCCCCCUUUCCUGUACGAUUAUUGAAGUAAGUAGCCGUGUA